ACAGCUAUACGACGAUAAGACGAUUCGUCUUCUCUAAAGCCCACGAAACAGAAGCAGAGUAUGGAGCGAUGAAGAUUGAAGACCUGAUAGAAGAUGGGCGACUACUGCUAUGCUAAGAUGGCGACGUCCGCUAAAAGAGAAAGUGAAAGAGAAUCACCAACGGAGAUAAAGACGAAAACUGCAGAUAAAGAUGAGCGUAUUUCCAAAAACGUAAUUUUGGAGACUAUUAUAGGCCCUGGGGAAAGUGUCGACUUCCUUGAAGAAUGUAAAGAAAGAGCCGCCAUGAUUGUUAGCUUGAAGAAGGCAGUGGAGUUCACAUCAGAGGAGAUGAAAGAAUGCAAAAGUCAAAUGAAGAAAGUGGAAGAGCAAAACAAGCGCUUGUGCAAAGAAAAUAAUGAUGUGAAAGAAGAGAUGUUGGGGAAGAGUAAGAGAUGUGAAGAGAAGACUGGACCACAUGUCUACAUCAACGUGCAGAGGAUUGGAGACGUCCAGCAGUUGAUUGGCCAUCCGCAGAGUGGGAGCUCUACUUUGAAACAGGACGCUUCACAGCCCCCCCACAUUAAAAAGGAAGAGGAGGGACUCUGCAUCACUCAGGAGGGAGAGUGUCUUCUAGGACGAGAGGAAGCUGAUUACACCAAGUUUCCACUGAGUAUUCUCUCUGUGAAGACUGAAGAUGAUGAAGAGAAACCACAAGUAGACAACCUCUUAGCUCCACUAUCAGAUAGUGAGGCUGAAGACGAGGUUGAAGUAACUUUGAGCAGCGAUACAGACUGUGAAGGUGAUAUGAGGACUCACACUGACAGCAAACACUUUGAAUGCGUGAAGGAAAAGAGAGGUAAAACACGUUUGAGGUGCUCAGUUUGUGCUAAAAGCUUCACUAAAAAGUACAAUUUGAGUCUACACAUGAGAACACACACAGGAGAAAAACCGUUUAAAUGUUCAGUUUGUGGCCAAAAAUUUACUAAGAAGUGCAAUUUGACUGAACACAUGAGAACGCACACAGGGGAAAAACCAUUUGAUUGUUCAAUUUGUGCUAAAAGCUUUACUAAAAAAUGCCAUUUGACGGAGCACAUGAAAACACAUACAGGAGAGAAAUCUUUUACUUGUUCAGUGUGCGGGGUAAGCUUUAUUCGAAAGGACAGUUUGGCUGAACACAUGAAGAUUCACACGGGGGAAAAACCAUUUAAUUGUCCAGUUUGUGGUAAAAGUGUCACUCGAAAGGCCAGUUUGACUCAACACAUGAGAUUUCACACAGGAGAAAAAGCAUUUAACUGCCCGGUUUGUGGUAAAAGCUUGAGUCAGAAGGGCAGUUUGACACAACACAUGAAAAGGCACACAGGAGAAAAGCCAUUUAAUUGCUCUGUUUGUGGUAAAAGCUUUAUUCGAAAGUACUGUUUGACUCAACACAUGAAUACACAUACAGGAGACAAGCCAUUUAAUUGCUUGGUUUGUACUAAAAGCUUUUUUUCCAGAACAGGUUUCACUCGACACACAAUGAAGCACACUGACAAAAAUCAAUAUAAUAAGUAAGUAGAACAUAUUUUGCAAAUACAUUCAAGGUAAAACACAUGAGAACACACACACAGGAGAAAAACAUACAGUUGUUCAGUUUGUCACAUUUGUAACCCGCUUUUUGAGCCUGUGUGCAAACCGUCAGUGUUCCCUUUACACGCCGACUCCUUCCCAAAAGUAUCAGAAUGUGUCGUUUGGAUAUGUACACGGUUAAAUAUGCUGUGUAUCUUGAAAACAAACAUAACUGCUAUGGUUUUUUUCCUCUUCUCUCAAUUUAGACUUAAAAAAUUAAAUUAACUAGUUUUUAGGUAUAAUAAGAGAAAGGGUUUACAGC